AUGCGAGGUGCUCGUGGCGGAUUUCAACGAACUUUGGAUCGUGCAGCUGUCACCAGCAAUGUCAAAAAGUCGUCAGUGCCUGCCUUCCCAGUGGUGCGUCGCGCGUCGCACCAAGAACCUGCUCAACACGUAGAAUCAUUGCGUAGGGCCGAGGAUUCUGAUGAUGACGAUGCGGCACCAGCCCCAAAGAGUGCACGACAGGCUGUCAAUGUUGCUCGCUACAAUAACGAGGCCACGAUGGCGACCUCUGCGCGUUCCGGCUCAUCUUCUAAGGGGUUGGUGAAAGGAAAUACUUCGGUUAGGAACACCGCCCACAGACAACCUUUCCGUGCGCCUAAUAUAUCUCUCCCUUCUUCCAAGCCCCCAUCACGUUCCACGAAUGAGCACCAGCAGAUUCCGUCGUCGGAAGUACCCAGCGCUUCAAAAAUGAUCACAACGAUCACGGAAGACGGCACUGAGCUCCCUAAGAAGCUCAACAACAAAAUGUUCAUAGACGGGCUCCCCUACCAGUACACCGCGGGGCCCGGUGCAUCUACUUUGGAGGAUGAACUCUUUCAGUUCUUGACGGCCUGGAAGGUUGGGAAGCCGUUGAGGUUGAUAAAGAAGCCGGGGCAAGGGUUUGGGUUUGUGGUCUUUAAGUCGCCAAAUAGUGUUCCCACAGCAGUAAAGGUGCUGAAUGGACGCAAAUUCCUCGGCCGCGCGCUCCGGGUUGAGAUACCUAAACCACGGGACCUGGAAAAACUCAACGCUGGGGGUGGAGCUACUGCUGAAGAAAAGGACAGCUUCCGUCGUCAGGUGUUACUAACAGAUUUGGCAAAGGUGUCGCAACCCGAGGUGAUUCGGGAAGUCCUUCGCGACAUCGCCCCACAGUUGGAGCAACGUCUGCAGUCGGUUAAGAUGACAUCGCGUAAUCGAAAGGCUUUUUUGACUUUCGAAUCGGAGGACGAUGUGGAGGCAGCGAUAACCUUUCUUGAUCGAUUCCAUCUGCUGGGGCGCAGGAUCUCGGCGAUGCGAGCUGCUCCACCAGGAUCACUUCCCUACUCCCGAGGCGGUCCAAAGGCGACGCCGUUAACAAGCAUGGAUGGAACGCCAACAAUGAAACAGGGUGAUGGAGUCAACGGUGACGAGGACUAUAUCAUUCCGCUUGGCGCCGAUGUAUCCCUUCUGCCGGGGACUAAGAAUUCCAAGGAUGUCGUAAAACCCAGCGCUAAGGCCUCUAUUCCUUUUUGUGAGACGAAUGGCGAUUCAAGGAGUAAUUCGAAGGGGAAAAACAGCAAAUACGAUAUGCUGGUGAAGGGCUCCCCCGAGGUGUAUGUCGGGAACCUCGGCGAGCACAUCACAACGCAGCAGCUUCGCGAACACUUUGAAAGCUGCGGCAAAAUGCUUUCGUGUGAGAUACUCGUUCACCCUGAGACGCACUUGAGCACCGGCAUCGCCAAGAUUGUUUUCGCCCUGCCGGCCUACGCAUCAUAUGCACAGGAAAAGCUCCACGGAUCGCGGUUACGCGGUUGUGUGCUGCGCGUGGACCGUGGGGACGAUCGUAGUGCACCGCUGGCCUCUGAGCUCCCUCCCGAAGAGGUGGCGGAGGAGGACGACGAGGACGCUUACCUCGCUGCUCGCUUCGGUAUUAAGGAUAAAAAGAGUUACUUCAAGGGCACAUCAUUCGAAGAGAGCGAUGACGCGUGUGCAACCGAGGACACCUCUGCUGGGGGAAAAACGACCAAAUCGAAACGCGUGAAGCGAACUCUCGAUAAUGAGGUUGAGGACCUUGAACGGCAACGGCAACGGAAGAAGACAGAACGUGCAAAGGGAAGCGUUCAUGGCGAUACAGAUUUGAUCGUGGGCUGUGACGUGUUUGCAAAUCACAAAGGCUCCUCUGAAGAGGAGGAAAGUGAUGAUGAGGAAGAGCGCUUCUUUGAUGUUGAUGACGAGGAAGGGCAACAACACACGACGAACUCGAAAGGCAAGAAGGGAAAUCUUAAGAAGCGAUCCGCAGUGGCUGCUAGGAAGAAAGCUCCUGUGACGCAUCGCUCGGGAAAGAAGGCUACUCAGGCUGAUGGGAAGACGAAAACAAAACGGAUGGGCAAACCAAAGACGCCGCACAAGUAG